CUUAUUUGAGGUCUGUUUCGCCAAUUAAAUGUCACUCAAUUAAAACAUCAGUGUGUUACUUUCUUCGCAAGUUCAGCACGAAGAAGAAAAGAACGAGACGUUUCUAAUGUGCAACGAGCUGUGCACGAACAGACUGAAGUCGCCUUUACAUUAACAAACAUUUCCACUAUCAAAAUGCUAUGGAAAUUCUCAGUUUAAGCUCACAGUGUGUUGUUCCACUUAUUUGUGCCUUGUGUUUCUCUUUGGGAGCCCCCCAGAGUUCUUAACCUUAAAUCGACAAAAUGCCACAACCAUCACCCCCACAGGAGAGUAAAUUCUCGAAUUUACUCUCAGUAGAAGAAAACCAACAAAUUGUUCGUUUAUUAGGUCCUCGAUGUCUGUCAUUGGCAACAACUGUGGUUCAAUUGUUUGAAACACAGCCACCGAUGCAUGCACAAUGGAUAAAAAGGGAAACUGGAGUGCUUUGUUUCAUAAGGGACAACUCCAAAAAGAAUUACUUUUUUCGAUUAUAUUGCUUUAAACAAUAUAAAAUGAUAUGGGAACAGGAAAUGUACAAUGAUAUGGAUUACAUUGCAGCCUGCGCAUUUUGGCAUACUUUUGAGGGAGAUAAAUGCAUGGUUUGCUUCAAUUUUGCGAACGAAUCAGAAGCGAGAGAAAUGAAGACAAUUGUGGACUCUAAGAUAAUGGCGAAGAGAAAACGCGCCGAAAAAAAAUUAAAACACAACGCUAUUAACUUAUCGAGCGGAGGUGGUAACGGUCCGAUUGAUGAAGUCCAGUUACGCAACAACAGGAACAAUAAUUCGCAGGUAAUUAGCAAAUAUACAGAUCCAGCAGCGAAGAAGGCGAAGCGGCGUCGAAAUAUUACAAAAGCAGAUAUUGGGAAACCAUCCGAGUUCAGGCAUAUCUCACACGUCGGUUGGGAUCCCAAUAAAGGAUUUGACGUUAAUAGCGAAGACGCCGAUCUGAACAACUUUUUGAACAAAGCUGGUGUAUCGGAAAUACAAUUGAAAGAUCGCGAAACUCGACAAUUCAUUUACGAUUUUAUUGUCGCAAAUGGUGGUAGAGAUGCAGUUUUAGAGCAGGAGUCUAAAACUAAAAAACCGCCUCCACCAACACCAUCGCCGGUCCCGGGGCCUCCGGUGCCACCCCGAGGAGCAGCGCGAUCUUCUCACAAUAGAGCGGCACCUCCACCGCCGCCCACGAAUAACCAACCACCCCCGAGGCCUCCGCCUGCAACACCGAAAGCUAACAAUAUCUCAAUACCUCCUCCACCGCCAGGAAAUGCACCACCUCCUCCUCCACCUCCACCCCCGGCCGAAGUUGCAUUUACACCACCGAUGCCCCCGGCUCCUCCGCCACCUACUUCUCUCGAUAUACCGACGGACGGAAGGUCUGCCCUAUUGGAGAGCAUACGAGGAGGCACGACUCUAAAGCCUGUCGAGGUUGACAAAAAAGUGGACGAUGCCCGAGGAGAUUUGCUUAGCGAAAUUAGGAAAGGUUUCCAAUUGAAACCAGCUAAUGAACGAGAAGUUAAACCAAUUAGUCCAGCUGUUGAACAACAGCAGCAACAAAGCCAUGUCGGAAAUGAUUUGGCUGCAGCGCUUUCAAGAGCUUUAGCUGAACGCAACAGAGUCAUUCAUCCAGAUGACGAUGACGAUUCAGAAUCAUCGGAUUCUAAUGACGACGAAUGGGAUGCUUAGUAAAUUU